AUGUCUGAACAAAUUAAAUUCGAUGUGUCUGAAGGUGCUUACGAUAAUGACUGUUUGUUGUUAAAUGAUGAUCAUUCAUUUGUUGAAACUACAGUGAAAUGUGACAACACUGAAGUGAGUUUGUCUGUUGAAUGGUUAUAAAAUAUCCCAUUAUGAACUGAAAUGUACAAUAACUACAUAAGUAUAAAAAUUAAAAAUAGGUCGUAGUAACUAUAUUAUUACCUACGCAGUUAUUUCGCGUAUUUAUUUGAAAUUAUUAUUGUUAUUAUUUUUUUUUAUAGGACUAUUUGAAAGCGUUAAAUGAUGUUCGGGAUGUAGCCGAAAAACUCGGAAUCGAGAAUACUCGUCAAUAUUUAAUACCGUAUCUUACUCAUCUUAUUGUCAAUGAUAAAAUAACGCAGUUGAAGGAUAUAGCCGAAAUUCUUGGGGAUUUUGAAUGUUAUGUGGGGGGAUCGAAAUAUGUUCACAUUUUGCUGGUCAGUAUAAGAUACAAAUUAGUAUUGUGCCUAAUGAUUUAUUUUUUUUUAUUAAAUAGACACAAUUUAGAUAGGUAUUUAAACUAAAAUAUUAUUAUUUAUUAUUUUAUUAAUCAGUUUGUUACAUUAAUAUUUAAUUUAAAUAGAUACUUAAAAACGUCUUAAAUUUAACAUUUUAGUAAAUACCUCCAUAAUACCUAUUAAAUGUUACCUAUUUAUUAAUUAAUUUAUUUAUAACGUUAUUAUUUUACAUUCCUAGAUGCCUACUAAAUUAAAUAUUUAUAAUAUUCUUAUUUGAGUAGGCACCUAAUUUUAGUAAUUUUAUCAUUAUUAUUAUUAUAUACCUACUAACCUAGUUGGUAAAACAUUUUUACAAUCUCAUUUCUGCUUUCCAGCAUUGAACAUUAAAAAUAUAAAAAAUGUUAUGUAUGAGAGUGGGAAACUAAAUUUAAUAGAAUACCUAAUUUUUUUUAUAUGUAUUUAAAUUAAACAAUUAUUUAUUAAUUAGUUGCCUUUAGAAGAAUUAGCUGGUGCCAAACAAAAUGAUGUACAAAUAGCUGCCAUUAAAUCAUUGCAAGCAUUGGCCGAUAUUAUGGAAGUAUCUGACUUAGAGACUUAUUUCAUACCUUUGAUUGCUAGUAUGACAAUGAACAAUAAAUGUGCUAAACGCUGGUCUGUGUGUCGUCUUUUCACUACAGUCUAUAUGCGUGUCAGUCCAAAACACCAAGGUACAGUGUUUAAUAUCUUGAUACAGUGGUGGAUUUAUAGAUUUUUUUUUUAUAUUUUACUUUUUAAAAUGUGUCAAUUUGUUUUUUACAAGUUUGUUAAAUUACAUUAGAUAUAUACAAUAUGUAAAAUUUUAUUGGAAAGAAGAAUCAUUGUUGAGUUGUAUCAUUGUUGUAGGAAUAUGUCAAAGGUAGUUUGAGUAAAGUAAUGAUAGAUUUUUUUUUUUAGUAAACACAACUAGGAAUUAUUAAUGGUUUUAUGUUUCUUUCACCAGUUUUUUAGUUUAUGUGAGAACUCUCAAACAAUUUAAAAAUACCUAGCCUUUCAAAUAGGGUUAAAAAUGUUUUAAAUUCACAACUGUGUAUGUAUAAUGAAAAAUGUUAAUAAUUUAUAUUUAUAUAUUUUAUUAUAGGUGACAUAAUCGACUACCAUUGCUUUUUGAGUUUUGAUUCGUUUUCAUCAGUACGCCAAGAUGCAGCUAAAUGUUUAGUUGAUUUAUGUGAAGUAGUUAAUUUUUCAACAUUUGAUAGUAAAAUAAUUCCACGUUUGGAACAAUUUAGUUUUGACCAAAAUGUAAUUUUAUAAUAUUUUCAUAGAUUUAUAAAUUAAUAAUAUAUAAUAAUAAUAUAGGAACACAUUAGAACAUUAGCCUUAACAACAGCAAUAUCAAUUUCAAACAAAUUUGAUGUCUCAUACAUAAAACAAAUCAUUCUUCCUAUGAUAUUACAUUUUAUAAAUGAUAUUUCUUGGAAAAUACGUUUAAUACUUCUUAAAAAUAUUGCCAAGGUAAUUCGAUAAAACCUGGUUAUUACAACAUCAUAAUUUUAAUUAUAAUAUUUCAUCAAGGAUUGAUCAUUAAAACAUUUUUUUUUUUAAUAGUUACUCACCAUCGACAGAAGUUGUUUAAAUCUUACCGAAAUCAUACUACAAAUACUCAUUGUAUUAACUAAAGACAAACAAUUAGAAGUACGUUUGCAGUCUAUCCAUAUACUUUAUGAUUGCACAGUUGUUUUAUUUCAAAAUUUAACUGAUUUAAAAGCCAUCUUGUUGGUAACUGAAUUUUUAAUUCCUGCUUUACACAAUUUAAGUCAAGACUCUGAGGUUACAUGUAAAUUGGAGGUGCCUGCUGUUUUGGCUAAGUUUAAUAAAUUAAUACCCGAUAAAUUGUAAGUUGUUCAUGAUGUUGUUUAUUUAAAUUCAAUAUAUUAUUUAUCAAUUAUAUUCGAUAAUUUACAAAUAUAUUUCAGAAUUAAAGAUUAUUUUGUGAACUUUGUAAAACAAUUACUUAAUGAUACAAAUGUUGAUGUAGUAUUUAAUGUUAUUAAAUAUAUGAAAGACAUUUUGGGACCACAAUAUAGUGUAAAUAUAAUAUAGUAUUGUGUAGUUUAUAUUAGCUAUAGCUAUUUAAAAUUAUAAGAUUAUGAUUAUAAACUAGAUAAUUAUUUUUGUGUUUAUAUUUUAAUGUUUAGAACUUGAUAGUACUACCUGAAUAUCGACUAAUAUGUUGUUUAAAAGCAUUCAUUGUAAAUGAUUCUUGGGAAAUUCGCAAAAUAGGUGCUAUUUAUUUAGGUAUAUUAGCAAUUCAAAAGGGUAUUCAAUUUUUUGAAGAAUAUUUAGAACAAUCAUUUUUAAUACUUUUGACCGAUACUAGUAAAUAUUAUUUGUUAAUUUCUAUAUUUUAACUGUUUUAAGGUGUUUAUUUAAUUUCAUUUAACUUGAAUUAAAAUAUAAAUAUUAUUUUCAGAAUCGACUGUUCAGGAGACUACUAUGGAUGUGUUUAUAUUAUUGGUUACAGAAUUUGGGAUGGAUUGGGCUCAAACCUACAUUGUGCCCUACCUAAUUAAUUUGUCUUAUUCCACAAAUACCUACAACAAGAUGGCAUUUUUAUCAUUUGCUAAAGUAUGUGCAACAAUGAUGUGUACUAAAUUUAGAGCUCUAAAUGUUAAUAUAAGGGAGAGUGAGGUAAAAUAA